GCGACUCGCACGAAUAUUUUUCAAAUCGAAAACUUCGUAGGCUCAACGUUUCCGUGUUCCAGUGCCAAUUCAACGUUGCUCUAUGAUUCGCGACGGAAUUAGAUCGAAAAAAAAACGAUGGUGAGCUUUUUUCCAUCGUUUUUCUAUUUUCGUUUGAUUCGAUGCUCGUAUAUAUAAGUGCGAAUUUCUACUUCCGGAGGUCUAUUCAAGUCGGGGAGUCGACUCGAUUUUCAGACCGAGCUAAAAUCGAAGGGAAGAAAGAUGCUGGCACGUCGAGGCUUGUUUGUGGUCUGCAUCAGUCUCGGGCUCGUUGCUUUUUCGAAUGGAGCUGAUGACAAGGAGCUGGAGGCUUCCGGUGCAUUUAGCAUCACUGCAGACAAUCUCGUAACGCCAAAACUAUCGAAAAUGGAGCGUGCGAUGCGUUGGUUUUUACGCAGCAAUAAGCAAGGAACGCUCAAGGAGCGCUAUGACGUUGCGGAUGAGCAGGACGAACCGAGCGAGCUGGCAACGGGGAGGAGUUCGAGUGACGCGUCACCGAAGGAGCACUGGCAUCAGAAAUUGAACCAUUUGAAGGGAGAAUUUCGUGCGAUUUUCCCCGGAACGAAGUGGUGCGGCGACGGAAACAUUGCGGACUCCGAAACCGAUCUCGGUAAGCUCAGGGCACUCGACGCUUGCUGCAGGGCUCAUGACAAUUGUCCCGAGGCCAUCGGAGCUGGAAAAAGUUACGGACGACUCCUCAACGAUGGCACUUUUACCAAGUCUCAUUGCUCCUGUGAUCGGGAAUUUUACACGUGUUUGAAAAACUCUCACAGUCGCACCGCAAAAGCUAUCGGCAAAACGUACUUCAAUGUUCUAAGGCCUCGAUGCUUCGCUCUCGAAAAUCCGAUAACAGAGUGUGAGAAAAGAGGAAGAGCUCAUAGAACCCGAUCGAGAAAGUGCGAAAAAUAUCGUUUGGAUACGAGCGGUGAGAAGAAAUUGCAGUGGUUCGACAACAUCGACUUUUAAAUGGAAAUCAUUUUCUCUCACUUUGCCCUACUUUCGUGCUGUAAAAGUCUCUUUUUCAAGAGCGAAACGAAGUUUGUAAGAAAAUUGUUGUCAGAUUUAUUAGAAGCCUUCGUUGGUAAAUAUCAACUGUUGUAAAUCAACGCCUUUUUCGACCUUAUCAAGUGCCCUCGGGAUCAUAUUUGAAUUAUUCAAAUAUUCCACCAUUAAACGAACGUUUGGAGGAAAUUUUUAACGUACUCAAAUAAAUGUUCCAGUCUUAAUAUUAUUCGAAUUUUUGGAGUAGCUUUUUUCUAAAAAUUUAACAUUGAAAAACCCACGAACGUAGUUCCAAUAAAAAAUUGUUUUGGAUCGAAAACGAGCAACUGGUUUUAGAGUGUAGAAUUCCGGCUUCUUCGAUCUGCAAAAAAAAAUCAGAAAGCCAAAUAUGAGUACAAUCAAGAUGAAAUAUUGAGGAAAAUCCCAUAAAACUGUUUGAUCGAUAGAGAAAAUUUGGCAGAAAAUGAAAAUUGGGGAAUUUUCUACAUCAAAAACAAAAUUCAUUUUGGUUUUUUCUUCUUCGCAUCUUCUAUCUGUUCCGAGCGAGAAAAUGUGAAAAAUAUCGAUUUGACACGAGCGCCGAGAAGAAAUCGCAGUGGUUUGACAACAAGGACUUUUGAACCGAAAUAAAAUUCUCUCCAUUUUUCGUUUCUUCCCCUCGCUCACGUGCUGGGAAUUUUCUAAUCUCAAGAAUGUUACGAAGUUUGUGCAAAAUUAUUGUCCAAUUUAUUCACACCAUUUUCCAUGGUUUCGAUAAAUACAAAUAAAUCAUUGUGAACCAACGAAAUGGCACCGUUCAUUGGCAUUGUUGCUAUCACUGGACGGAUACUUCGACAAUACCGUUGGAAGAACUCGGUGGAACGCCUCGUUUUAUCACGUGAGGUAUCGUCUUUGACACCAUUCUGAAAAAUUUUCAAAUAUUCCAUCAUCAAAACGAACGCAAUUUCAGUUAAAUAAAAAACAAUUCUCCCUUC